UCUGGGGGUGCCAAACAUCCAGCCUCUCUCUGCUCUCCUCCUGCUGAAAAAGGUGCUACUGCAGCUUUAGUCUUGCCUGCACUUUCUAUGGUCACAGGUUCCCUCGCUCAUGGCUCCUGCCUGGGCCAAGGCCCACCUGACAGGGCCUCUCUGGCUGCCUCUUCUCUGGCUACUCCUGUCCUUGGUCAGUUGUUCCCAUGCCCUACCAGGAUGGCGUUUCACUUCCUCUGAAAUUGUGAUUCCCAGGAAGGUGUCUCACAGGCUGGGUGGAGCUGGGGUACAAGACCAGCUCUCCUACAGGAUUCACUUCAGUGGUCGAAGACAUGUGGUUCACAUGAAGGUCAAGAAGGACUUGCUGCCCAGACAUUUUCCGGUUAUCACCGAUAACGACCAAGGUGCCAUGCAGGAGGACUACCCCUUUAUCCCUCGAGACUGCUACUACUUUAGCUACUUGGAGGAGGUUCCUGGGUCCAUGGGCACACUGGACACUUGCUACGGGGGUCUGCGUGGCAUGCUGCAGGUGGAUGACUCGACUUAUGAAAUCAAGCCAAUGGAGGCUUCUUCCAAGUUUGAGCAUGUGAUUUCUCUGCUUGUGAAAGAACGAUCAACAGAGGACGAAAGCUGUACGAUUGAAAAAGAAGAUUCAGAUGAGGAUGAAGAGGACUAAAAAUUAACCUGGUACAGAAACAGAAUCCCCACAACUUUACUAAAUGCUAACUGGAACCUACGCAAUGGGUAAAAUCACAUUGCACUUACUGGGAGAAAUAGUCAAUACUCACUCUGAUAAUGACAUCAUCCUACAGCUAUUCCAAGGUUGUCAUCUUGAAAUAAAAUGACUUGGAGAUUUCAAAAA